UGGACUACUCCACUCAUCAUAAUGGUGACAUCACCAUCUGUUAUCUCUUAUGUUAGUGACUUUCACUGUACAUUUCCUGUUGGGGGUGGUAGUCCUCCAGUGUCAGUGAUGCAGGGGUGGCAGCAGGUGUUGGGGAUUUUGGCGGGUGUCAGGGUGCUGCCCCCUCCCCCGGUCGCCGCAUCCUCUCCCCACCCCCAGCCUCGUCAUGUAGAGCAGUGGAAAUAAAACUGAAAGAGGGGAAGUCCAGCUCUGGAGCAGUGAGUGCAGCCGCUCAGCGUGGAUCUUCACACGAGACACGUAUCGCCUGGGACCAGAACCCAAGCGAUGUCCCAUCAGCCCCAGGACCCGUGGACGGCACAAGAUCCACGUUCGCGGUCACCGUGGGUAUAAACGGCUCCGCUGGAUAAGUAUCGCCGCUCGCCAUCCUGCGAGGACGGACCCUGCAGAACGGGAAAUGGGCAUAAAGCCGCCACCUGAGAGCUGAGUUAACCCCUGCACCCCCGGAUCCCAGCGCAGGGGAAGAUGCCGCUUGGCAGCAAUGUGACGGACGGCUGUGAGAUGGAUGGCCGUGUCCUGGACUACCUGUACGCCAUCACCUACGCCGUCAUCCUCAUCCCGGGGCUGAUCGGGAACGUCCUGGCGCUGUGGGUCUUCUACGCGUACAUGAAGGAGACGAAACGCGCCGUCAUCUUCAUGAUCAACCUGGCCAUGGCGGACCUGCUGCAGGUGCUGUCGCUGCCGCUGCGCAUCUUUUAUUACCUGCACAAGUCGUGGCCGUUCGGACGCUUCGUCUGCAUGUUCUGCUUCUACCUGAAGUACGUCAACAUGUACGCCAGCAUCUUCUUCCUGGUGUGCAUCAGCGUGCGCCGCUUCAUCUACCUCCUCUACCCCUUCCGCCAUAGGCAGCGGCGGUGUGACGUGUACGUUAGCGUCGCCGGCUGGAUCCUGGUCUGCAUCAGUUGCCUCCCGUUUCCUCUGCUCAGGACCGGGCAGGAGACGAGCGGCGGCGAGCAGAGAUGCUUUGUGGACCUCCCCCUGCAGGACAUUGGCUUUGCCGCCUCGGUGGUGACGGUGACCGCCGCCGAGAUCUUCGGGUUUGUCAGUCCGCUGGCCAUUGUUCUGUUCUGCACCUGGAGGACGGUGACCUCGCUGCGGGAGCCACACGCCGCCUCUCACGACCUCGGGGAGAAGCGGAAGGCGCUGAAGAUGAUCCUGACCUGCGCCGCCGUCUUCCUCAUCUGCUUCGCUCCCUAUCACCUCAGCUUCCCUCUAGAUUUCCUGGCCAAAGCCAACAAGAUCGCCUCAUGCUCGCAGCGGCGCGCCAUCCUCACCCUGCACCCCGUGGCGCUCUGCCUGGCCAGUAUGAACUGCUGCCUGGACCCCGUCAUCUACUACUUCACCACCGACGAGUUCCGGCGCAGGCUGUCCCGGCAGGACUUGGUGGACGGCGCCGAGAUGCAGAUUUACGACGGUAAAGACUUCACGGAUCCCAGCGGCUGCCGAACGAGGUGAUGAAGGUCACCGGAUGGACAAGGUUGUCAGAGGGCGCUGUGUGCCUUGCCCCGACCGCUGCUACUACAACCCCCAUCAGACCUGAGGGACCUGGGGCUUGUGCUCAAUCCUCAGCCCCCACUUACACAAUCUUCUGCAUCAUUUUGUGGCGUCGGACGGAUCUUCGGGUGUCACAUGAUGCGGGGCGGGGGAGGGGGGUCUGAAUACUCCGGUUACUUUUGAAUCUGCAGCAACAGGAGGGAACUGACAAAAGCACCGAACCUGCAGCUUUAUCUGUGACUAUAGGAAGGUGUCUAAUAGAUUUUGUGUUUCAUCAGAUCUCUGCUUGCUGUCAGUGAGUGGAAACAGCUGAGGGUUUUUUGCAAUGUUACUUCAAUGAGUUAGCCACAUCAGCGUCUCUGGUGACCUAUAGGGACAUGCUGGGAGUUGUAUUCCACCAGUGGUCUUCACUGAUCCAUUGUAACAAGCCCAUCUGCUGUGUCUCACUUUAUAAAGAUGUAGGUGUCCCUGGGGAAGCAGAGGUACGUGGAGCUGUUUGCCGGGUGCUCCGACCCCUGGGAGCCCAUCUCAGCUGACUACCAUAGACAUGGUGGAAAUCUACAUGCCCAUCCCCCUCCACUCUGCUGAUGUUUGUAUCACUGUGACUCCGCCCCCGCGGAGCCGCACCGCUGUUUGUUACGUGAUGUCACUGGACCAAUCACUUAAAGGGCCAGGCCCCUGAGGAUUCCUUACUCUCCUCUUUGGAUUCAUCAUUAUAUCUGUUUCUGGAAAAGCCGGGUGAUAAGUUGCAGCCUCUCUGGUGUGUUCCUGCUCCUAUCUCACUGCACGGCCGGGCUGCAGGAGCGCUGAUGGCAGCCAUAUUCCAGAGGCAGAGCCGGGCAUGAUGUGCCUUGUACGGUAUAGCUGUGCACUACAUGUCCUCUACGGGAUGGGGGGGGUACAUAGAUAUAGCGGAGUGUGGGCUGUGUAUGUACUGCCCUGCCAGCUACAUCCUCUGACAACCGCAGCGGAACUCGUGUCAGAGUGAUGGAUGUACACUGAGGUGUCAGACUGCACCAUGACAUAAGGCAGGGAUGGCCAACCUGAGGCCCUCCAGCUGUUGCAAAACUACAACUCCCAGCAUGCCCAGACUGCAUACAGGUAUCAGCCUACAGCAAAGCAUGGUGGGAGUUGUAGUUUUAGCUGGAGCUGGAGAGCCACAGGUUGGCCAUCCCUGAGUCAUAAGGGAUGCAAGGGAGACGUAUGAGGACUGUGCACGAGGACAUCUGGAGACGUAUGAGGACUGUGUACAAGGACAUCUGGGGACGUAUGAGGACCGUGUACGAGGACAUCUGGGGACGUAUGAGGACUGUGCACGAGGACAUCUGGGGACGUAUGAGGACUGUGUACGAGGACAUCUGGGGACGUAUGAGGACUGUGCACGAGGACAUCUGGGGACGUAUGAGGACUGUGCACGAGGACAUCUGGGGACGUAUGAGGACUGUGUACGAGGACAUCUGGGGACGUAUGAGGACUGUGUACGAGGACAUCUGGGGACGUAUGAGGACUGUGCACGAGGACAUAUGGGAUGUAUGAGGACUGUGCACGAGGACAUCUGGGGACGUAUGAGGACUGUGCACGAGGACAUCUGGGGACGUAUGAGGACUGUGCACGAGGACAUCUGGGGACGUAUGAGGACUGUGCACGAGGACAUCUGGGGACGUAUGAGGACUGUGCACGAGGACAUCUGGGGACGUAUGAGGACUGUGCACGAGGACAUCUGGGGAUGUAUGAGGACUGUGCACGAGGACAUCUGGGGACGUAUGAGGACUGUGCACGAGGACAUCUGGAGACGUAUGAGGACUGUGUACAAGGACAUCUGGGGACAUAUGAGGACCGUGUACGAG